AGGUCGGACAGCGGAGCGGCAUGCUGCGGCUCUGACACGCAGGCUGAUGCAGAAACCGGUGAGCCAAUGGAGCAGAACUACGGGGAGGUGAACCAGCUCGGCGGGGUGUUUGUGAACGGCCGUCCGCUGCCCAACCCGGUCCGGAUCCGGAUCGUGGAGCUGGCGCAGCUCGGCAUCCGGCCCUGCGACAUCAGCCGGCAGCUGCGCGUCUCCCACGGCUGCGUCAGCAAGAUCCUGGCCCGCUACAACGAGACGGGCUCCAUCCUGCCCGGGGCCAUCGGCGGCAGCAAGCCGCGGGUCACCACGCCCAACGUGGUGCGGAGCAUCCGGGACUACAAGCAGGGAGACCCGGGCAUUUUCGCCUGGGAGAUCCGGGACAGGCUGCUGUCGGACGGCGUGUGCGACAAGUACAACGUCCCGUCCGUCAGCUCCAUCAGCCGCAUUUUGAGGAAUAAAAUCGGAGGCGUUUCGCAGCCGAGCCAGUAUGAGAACAGCAAGCCGGCCCCGCCUCAGCUGCCCUACGGCCCGCUGUACCCCUACUCCUACCCGGGGCCCGUUUCCCCCACUGGGACCAAGACCGGCAGCGGCCACGGAGGCCACGCCGGGCACGUCGGCCUGCCGCGGGCCUGGCCCUCCGUCCACACGGUCAGCAACAUCCUGGGCAUCCGGGCCUUCAUGGACCCUGCAGCUCUGACUGGAUCGGACGGCUACGCAGCCAAAAUGGAGGACUGGACCAGUAUGACCAGUAUGAACAACAGGCCGUUUCCCUCUGGAGGCCCGGAGAAAACCAGCAUCGAGCCUGACCUCAAACACUCACAGUCCUCCAGCUACGUGUCGGCCUGUGCGUAUUCUCCUCCCAGUCAGUACGGACUUUACGGGCCUGCAGGAAACUACAUGAGCGCUGGGCACCACUGGCAGUCCCAGUCUGCCUGCCUGACGCCCAGUUUGACGCCCAGUUUGACGCCCGGCCUGACACCCAGCACACCCGUACAGGGCACAGACUUCCACGCUGCCAUGUCAUUCAAACACUCACACAGAGAGGGAGACAGAAAACCUCCCAGUCCACUGAGCAAGCAGCUGGAAGCUCACGGUUUGUCUUCAGCCUCCUGACCAGAUCAAACUCAGACGGACGAUAUCGUGACGCUGAUUUGUGUUUUUUAUUCCCGAGGAGAUUCACAACUGACCAAAUUCUCUACCGUCCACUUUUGACUACAGCUGGAGGAUUACAGGGACACCCUUCCCAACCCCAAUACUACAUUUCCCAGGAAGCCUUGCGACAACGUCCAUGGGAAAGACAAGGACUUUUGUCAUCUGUCUUUUCCAUCAAAGACAGACGGAUGUACCAAAAAAACAAAUUCCCUGCUUGUUAAUCUCACAUGAACACCAUUCAAAGUCAAAUAUGAACUUGGAAAAUCAGAAAAAAAAACAGGCAACCGAGGUAUGAAGUUGUGAUAAUCUUUAAGUUUUUAGAAAAUGGUGGAAAAACAAGUUUUGUGUCAGUCAGCAGCAAUAAAACACACCCAGCCUCAUCACGCAUCUGUUGUUAGCCGGCCUAGCGGUCACAGCUAACAUUAGUUUAAUAAAGAUUAAGUUCAGUCCGCUUGUUGAUCUACAGCUCAGCCAUGUUGGUUUGUUAUUUAUCCUCCAGGUUUUAUUUUCCGACAGAACUAGACAAUAAUUAGUUUAGGAGUCCUUGAUGAUUUUCGUCUUCUUCUACGAUUUUCUCCCCGUGUGAUCGCUGAACGCAAAAUGGCAGCUCUAGAGAGAAGAAGGCCUCACUGUUUGAUUGUGCGGUUCUGACAGCAAAACCUGACGUUUACUGUCCAUGUUUUAGACCCUGAAAUGUUUUCUGAUGUCAAAAAAAAAUAAAAAAACUGGAAACACUUGGACGUGACGUCACCUCGUCUGGCCAGAGGAAAACAGACGCCGAACCGCUGGAUGGAGACAGAAACACGACACCCAUCACCUGCAUUAUUAUUAUUCCUUUGUUUGUUUUUCUGAACAGUGUCCCAGUAUUUUAGGGCGGAUUUUUCCUUUAACAGCCACUGGGGUCAAUCAGGCCUCGUGGUUCUGAACUGAAAUCAUGUUUGCCGGCACCAAGCACAGUUUGAGCUCCAGCCAUUUUCCAUCCGUCCUCAUGAAAAGGAAAAUUUGAAUUGCAUUUGGAAUUGUGUAAUCUUGUAAAAAAAUAUAUAUAUUGGCAAAGCUGUAACUCUAUUUUUCUAUAACUGUGCUUAAUAAAGGCAUGCAAAAUAA